UCUCCCCCCCCCCCCCCUGCUGCUCUACACAAAUUGUUCCUUCGCAGACGGGAGACACCGACGCAGCGUACAUUUUUGCGUGCUACCCAGUCUGCGCCGGUUCUCCCGACGGCGCUCGUCUUCUUUCGGCGUCGCUCCUGCGUCGUUUAAAUGAAACGUUAGCGCCGCAUCACCACGGAGCAUGCGCGGUCGGGACGCGUAAUUACUGGCAAACUAACACGAGAAUAGCUGGAUUUUUUUUUGUGUGUGUGUGCUAAUAAUACGGAGGUGCUAAUGGACGUAUAUUUUUGUGGGUCUACGCCAUCAACGUGAGCGCCUCCCUGGACACGGUAGAGGAUUAGGUUACUGCUGGCGGAUUAUUUUAUUGGCCUCCUCCUUGUCACGCCCGAGUCUUUAGUGAUCCCUUCCUCUUUUUUUUUUGUUUGCAAUUAGGAGAAGUCCAAAGCCAGACAUGUCUUUCCGGCGCGGUGUGGUCAGGCAGAGCAAGUUCCGCCACGUCUUCGCGCAGGCGUGGAAAGCCGAGCACUGCAUCGACGACGUCCGGGUGUCCCGGGUGACCUGGGACAGCGGCCUCUGCGCCGUCAACCCCAAAUUCAUCGCCGUCAUCAUCGAGGCCGGCGGAGGAGGGUCCUUCCUCGUCGUCCCCAUCAGCAAGAGUGGCAGGAUCGAUCAGGCGUGUCCCACGGUGUGCGGACAUGCAGCACCGGUGCUGGAAAUCCAGUGGUCUCCUCAUGACGACAACAUCAUUGCAAGUGCCUCCGAGGACUGUACAGUGAAGGUGUGGCAGAUCCCAGACGGGGGCCUGACCAGCCCGAUGACUGAGGCCAUUGUGAUCCUGGAGGGCCACAGUAAGAGAGUGGGAAUCCUGGCCUGGCACCCAACCGCCUUCAAUAUCCUUUUGACUGCAGGCUGCGAUAAUGUGAUCUGCGUGUGGAACGUGGGCACGGGGGAGCUGCUGUACCAGCUGAGCGACGCCCACCCCGACCUCAUUUACAGCGUCUGCUGGAACAAGGACGGCAGCGCCGUCUGCACCGUCUGCAAGGACAAGGCUCUGCGUGUCAUCGACCCGCGGCGGGGCACCGUCCUCAAGGUGAGGGAGAAGGUCCACGACGGCACCAGGCCAAUGAGAGCCGUGUUCCUCUCUGACGGGAAGAUCCUCACCACAGGCUUCAGCCGCAUGAGCGAGAGGCAGAUGGCCCUGUGGGAUCCUAAGGAUCUCUCUGAGCCGAUGGCCGUGCAGGAGAUGGAUACAAGUAAUGGGGUCCUUUUACCCUUCUAUGACCCCGACACAAACAUGGUCUACCUGUGCGGAAAGGGGGACUGCACCAUCCGGUAUUUUGAAGUGACAGACGAAUCCCCGUAUGUUCACUUCCUCAGCCUGUACAGCAGCAAGGAGCCCCAGAGGGGGGGCGGCUUUCUCGGCAAAAGAGGCGUCGAUGUCAACAAGUGUGAAAUUGCCAGGUUCUACAAACUGCAUGAAAGGAAAGUGGAACCCAUCUCUAUGACCGUACCACGGAAGUCGGAUCUGUUCCAGGGCGACCUCUACCCGGACACGGCCGGCUCCGAGCCGGCCCUCCUGGCCGACGAGUGGAUCGCCGGGCAGGACGCGGCGCCCCUGCUGGUCUCCCUGAGCGGCGGCUACUCGGCCCCCCCGUCCAAGCACAGGGACACCCUGCGGAGCAAACCCAAGCUGGUCACGCAGGACUCCGGGAGCGGGGCCGCCCCGCCGGCGCCGGCCGGCAACGAGCCGGAGGAGGAGGUGGCGCCGCAUCGAGUGGCCGCGAGGGAGACGGACGGAAACGGCGAGAGGCCGAAGAGGGAGGAGGAGCUGCUGAACGAGCUGUUGGCGGAAAUGAAGGCCCUGCGCGCCGUCGUCGUCGCCCAGAGCCAGAGAAUAGAGGUGCUGGAGACCCAGCUGGCCCGGAUCGAGGACGGCGACGUGUGAGCCGCCGCCGCCGCCGCAGAGCCACUGCAUUGGGAAGGGCGCACUCGCUGGAGCCACAGACUUUAGCCUUACUAGAAUCAACGGUACCUUAAGCUGUGUGAGUGGAGGAAUGUAGUGCAGGGGUAGCGGCCCGUCCCGUGGAGCGCAGGGGGGCUCACAGCCAGGUCCAAUAUUGUAACGUGAAGACGAGACCACUGAUUAUUUCUGUGAUUAGGUUGCGAGGUUGCGAGCGGGGCGUCGUCUUCGUAGAGUGAAUUCUUACAGUUUUUUUGUUUUUGUUUGUUUUUUUCCAAAUGAAGGAGUUGUUUGGUCGUCCAUGUAGUGCAACUUUGAGCUUUGCUAAAUCCCCCCACACUAUUAUUGAAGGGCUUUGAAGGUGUUGCAAUUGGAAAAAAUGCCUCCUUGUUAAUGCACAAAGUAGUGAUUAAUACAAUUGUAUUGAAGUUAUUGAAGGCUGACCUCGUAUAGCAAAGCAAACAAGGACCAACCCGGAUUUUCUUCAUUUCUCUAAAGGACUAAAUCAUUUCUCUUAAAAAGACUAAAUAUAACCAUUAGGGCUAUUUAAUCAAGUAGUUUAAAGCUGCUAAACUGUGAUGUCAUUACCGGCCCCCAACUGUUAUUCAUCGUGUGACUUAUGCCUUGUUUUACUGCUUCAUCGUAGGGCGCCAUGCGUACACUUAACCUUUGGGGAGGCAUCGUGGUGCACAAAUGAUCGCUGGCGAGAGCUUAGCUGAAUAUUUGCGUGUCGUAGUUCUUGUGGUCGUCUUAGAAAAGGUAGCACUUUUUCAAAAUGUUUUUAUUAUUUACCUAAUGUUAUCUGGAGCGAAAGUGCGGCCUCUCGCGGGCGUUUACGUGGUAUGACGAGGCGCCGCAUUCGCCCGGCAUCCAAUCAUUUGAAACACGCCUCUUUCCGUCUGUCAACACGGGCAAAAACAAAGCGCUAUCUUGUAUCCCCAGUUUUCCUGCGAGCUGUAAGCUAAAAUUAGGUGUUGAGUGAACGAGGCCUAAAUUGUGCUGUGUACAAUACAUGCAAAAUGUGUACAAUACAUGCAAAAUGUAUACAAUACAUGCAAAAUGUAUUGUAUACGGUCUUUUAACGGCAGUUCAGAGAAGAGGAAGUUACUGUAAAACGAGGGGCGUUUUUUUGUGUUUCCUUUCCGUCGGUCAAUGAUCGCAAUGGUACAUUCCACAUCGAGACCCUUAUUACUUACUUUAUGUUUCUUUAUGCACUGACCUCACAACACUAACUGUAAAACCAGUAGCAGAUUUAAUGAGACGACAUUGUGAAGAAAAUAAUAAAACCUGCAUUUCCUCUUUUUGUAUUAAAAGAAAUGUUCUGAUCAUGA